AUGACCCCUACCGUCCUAGAUGACAGAGAGGGUCUCGAGAAGGACCACCGCCUCUUCCCUCACGAAACCUUCACCGAAAAGGUAUCCCUCGGGCACACCGCCGACACGACGACUACCAACCUCCGCUACGCCGCAUAUACGCGCAGCCUCCGCACGCUCCUGCUGACUACCUACCGCCACGUCGCCCCCACCACCCCCAUGGGCGCCUCCUUCCAUCCCGCCACGCACCCCUCACUGAUCUGCAACGCCUACGGCAUUUCGUGGGCGUACCUCCUCAUGGACGUCAUGAACGAGGGCUGGCGCGCGUACAAGCGCGAGCACCCCACGCACCCGUACCUGGACGGAAAGACCGUGGGCUACCAUCCCGUCUCGCCACUCGAGGACUACCGCACCGUCGUUGCGGAGCGUGCGCUGUUCCACGCUGUUGCGUCGGUGGCCCUGCCUGCUGUUACGGUCCAUGGUGUCGUCAAGUACUCAGGACGUGCGCUGAGAGAUGUCGCGAACGUUGCGGUGCGCAAGUGGGCACCCGUCUGGCUCGGACUGUCGGUGGUGCCGUUCCUGCCACGGAUGUUGGAUCGGCCCGUGGGGCAGGCGGUGGAGCGGCUGUUCGAGUGGGUAUUUGAUCGGAGCGGCGCCGGCACAGAUGGGAAGAAACUUUAG